AUGAUGUUGAAUGCUUGGAAUUUCGCGUCCAUAUUUUACUGUAUUCUUUUAUUACUUUUAUUUACUUUGUCCAUUAAUGCUGUUCAAGCAAACUUGCUGCACGUGGAUGAAGUCUCAAAUUUUCAUGAAAUAGUUCAUUGGAAGAACGACUUAGGUGCACUUAAUGGCCUGAGUUCGGAACGCGAAAAUUCGCUACUUAAUAUAGAAGUAACCACCAUAAAUACUAGAAAAUUUGCACUAAUUAACGCGGAGGAUCAAAAAUCUUUUAUUCUCAGCUUUCUAAUGAUAAUAGUAUCAGAAAUCGGCGACAAAACCUUUUUAAUUGCAGCAAUAAUGGCAAUGAAGUAUUCGCGCCUAGUGGUGUUCUCUGCUGCAUUUAGUUCAUUGAUAGUGAUGUCGGUGCUUUCUGCAAUUCUUGGACAUGUAGUACCAAAUCUGAUACCACAAAUUUAUACAAAUUACCUAGCAGCUAUUCUUUUUCUUUUUUUCGGGAUUAAAAUGGCGUUUGAGGGAUGGCAUAUGUCGCCCGAGGAGACAAAUCAGGAAUUAGAAGAGGUCUCAGCAGAGCUAAAUGAAAAAGAAGAGGCACAACUUAUUGCUGCUGUUGAAACGGGUGGUGUGCCGGACAUUAAGAGUAGCAAUGGAUUGACAGAUGGAUUACAAAAUCUAUGUCAGCUUAUCUUUUCACCUGUUUUUGUGCAGACUUUCAUUCUUACUUUUCUUGGUGAAUGGGGAGAUCGGUCACAGAUUGCCACUAUUGCUCUAGGCGCUGCACAGAAUGUAUAUUACGUGAUGCUCGGAACAAUAGUGGGGCAUAGUAUGUGCACCGCUCUUGCGGUAAUUGGUGGUCGAAUGCUGGCGCAAAAAAUAUCAUUAAGAACAGGUGAACUACAGAUGUAA